GCUAGUCACUCUGUUGUCUGAAUUCACAGUCCGCGCGGAUCGGAUUAUUCAUGCACGUGGAGCUCCAAGUCGUCUGCACUGUGAUUCUACUGCAUCUUUAGGACUUACCUCGUUCAUUCUUUGUUGGUCUAUACAUUGACUUUAAGAGAAAUAAAUAAAUUUAAAAAAAGAAGUUAAUCAUGACUCAGUUUAACAAGGGACCAGCCUACGGAUUAUCUGCAGAGGUGAAAAACAAGAUCGCACAGAAAUAUGACCUACAGAAGGAGGAGGAGCUUCGUUUCUGGAUUGAGGACGUGACUGGCAUGCCGAUCGGAGACAACUUUCAGAAAGGGCUCAAGGAUGGUGUCAUACUGUGCGAAUUGAUAAACAAGCUUCAGCCUGGAUCGAUAAAGAAAAUAAACCACUCACAGUUAAACUGGCAUAAGCUAGAGAACCUCGGCAACUUCAUCAAAGCCAUCCUAACCUACGGCCUGAAGCCCAACGACAUCUUUGAAGCCAACGACCUCUUCGAAAAUGGGAACAUGACUCAAGUCCAGACCACACUUCUCGCUUUGGCCAGUAUGGCAAAGACUAAAGGCAUGGAAACAAAUGUCGACAUUGGUGUGAAAUACGCAGACAAGCAGCAGAGGCAUUUUGAUGUGGAGAAAAUGAAGGCCGGCCAGUGUGUCAUUGGACUUCAGAUGGGAACCAACAAAUGUGCAAGCCAAGCUGGCAUGACCGCUUAUGGGACCAGAAGACACCUUUAUGACCCUAAAACACAAACCGAGAAGCCCUACGACCAGACCACCAUCAGCUUGCAAAUGGGCACCAACAAAGGAGCAAGCCAGGCUGGUAUGUCUGCACCAGGUACCAGGAGGGACAUCUAUGAUCAGAAAGCAGCUUUGCAACCACUGGACAACUCCACCAUCUCAUUGCAAAUGGGCACUAAUAAGGUGGCGUCUCAGAAGGGCAUGAGCGUUUACGGGCUGGGACGCCAGGUUUAUGAUCCCAAGUAUUGCGCCACCCCAACGGAACCCAUCAUCCACGCCAACGGCAGCCUGGGAACGGGCACAAACGGGUCUGAAAUCAGCGACAGUGACUAUCAGGCAGAAUAUCAGGAGGAGGAGUACCAGGCUGGAUACCACGAUGAAUACAGAGGGCACUACGAUGACCAGGGCAUCGACUACUAGAGAAAGCUGCUGCACUUUUAGUCAAAGCAGUAUUAAUACAAUGUAUAUCAACAGAGCAAGUCUUUUGCUAUGCCUUAUGCUUCUCACAAUUACCCCUCCCCUCCCAGCGCAUCUGUUUGGCUGGCAGUGUUAUAAUCGAUGAAGUGUAAAACAUAGAGUGGUAUGAUAUCUUAAAUCUACCAUCUCAAAGGGAUAGUUCAACUUAAAAAGAAAAUUGUGUCAUCAUUUUCUGAGCAUCAUUUUGUUCCAAACCCUAUGACUUUCCUUUUUCUGUAGAACUCAGACGGAGAUGUUAGGCAGAAUUUUCUGUCUCAGUCACCAUUCACUUUAAUUGUAUGGAAAGAUGCAGCAAUGAAAGUGAAUGGUGACUGAGGCUAACAUUCUGUCUAACAACUCCUUUUGCAUUACAUGGAAGAAAGAGAGUCACAGGGUGAGUGUGAGACAGAAUUAAAACAUUUUGGGUGAACUGUCAUUUAGCAUAUGUGAAAUUGUUUUUUUUUUAAUGAUUUUUUUUUUUAAAGUGAUUUUAUGAAGUAUGGAGAACAUUUAGGUAAGGAUUUACAGUUUUGCAGUAAGAUGUUUUUUUGUUUUAUACCUUAUCUUUUGAAGGUGUCACUAGUUUAAUAGCUCGAAAUUCUGAUAUGCACCAACAUUGAACGGACUGAAAAGACGACAAGUGAACUAAAGCCUUACGAAGACAUUCCUAAGUCAUUCCAUUUAAAUCCUUUUAAAAUUCCAUAUCACUGGAAAUGUUUUUAAUUUGAAGCCACAAAUGUUAGCAAUUUUAAAGAUUAACGUUAGCAGACUGGAUGACCAAAAACAUUCUGCUUUAUUUGCUUUUUUAUUUUUUUUGUGCCAUAAUAUUGGGGGAAAAAAUAUUUCCCUAUGUAUUUAUUGCCCUGCUUUUCAUUAUAUACCAUUAUUCUGUCAUUUGGUUCUUUUAUGAAUAAAUUU